AUGGCACGUGGCAGCUUUGGCACGGUGCUCACGGAGCCGGACAGCGCGGGGCUGGUGGCUGCUCCAUCUGGAGAGCAGAUUUACAGAGAGGUGCAGGAUUAUUAUGGUAAAGAGUUGCAGAAAUCAGAGGAUCUGCAAACCAAUGCCUGUGUCACCUUGGCCAGGCCUUUGCCCACGUUCAUAAAGGAAGCUCUGAAGUGUGUCCACGAUGAUGUUGUGUCAAGGUACUAUGGCUGCGGUCUGGUGAUCCCAGAGUGCCUGGAGACCUGUUGGAUAUUGGAUCUGGGGAGUGGGAGUGGCAGGGAUUGCUAUAUGCUGAGUAAACUAGUUGGGGAGAAAGGGCAUGUCACUGGAAUAGACAUGACCGACGCCCAGGUAGAAGUGGCAAAGAAGCACAUUGACUAUCACAUGAAGAAAUUUGGCUACCAGGUGCCUAACGUGGACUUCAUCCAUGGCUACAUGGAAAAGCUGGGAGAUGCUGGCCUUAAAGACGAGAGUUAUGAUAUAGUUAUCUCAAACUGCGUGAUUAACCUCUCGCCUGAUAAGAGAGCAGUCCUGCAGGAGACCUAUCGAGUGCUAAAGGCUGGCGGAGAGAUGUAUUUCAGCGAUGUCUAUGCCAGCUGUGACCUGCCUGAGGACAUCAGGAAACACAGGGUCCUCUGGGGCGAGUGCCUGGGAGGAGCCCUGUGGUGGAAGGACCUCUACAGAAUUGCUGAGGAAGUUGGAUUCUGCCCACCGCGCUUGGUGACUGCCAGCCGAAUAACCAUCAAUAACAAGGAACUGGAGAGCGUUGUCGGUGACUGUCAGUUUGUCUCUGCGACUUUCCGUCUCUUCAAAGUACCCAAGAAAGGCCCAGCCGAGCGGUGCCAGGUCAUUUACAACGGCGGGAUCACUGGGCAUGAGAAAGAGCUGGAGUUUGAUGCCAAUUUCACAUUCAAGGAAGGGGACGUUGUGGAAGUGGAUGCAGAAACUGCAGCCAUUUUACGGAGCUCCAGGUUUGCCGAGGAGUUCCUGAUCCGACUGGCUGCAGGGAGGGCGCCGGCACCUGGGGGCUGUUGUCCUGCAAAAGCAAAGGAAAAGAUCGUUGAUCCAUUCCAAUUAGUGGAGCGGCUGGAAGCAAAGGGCCUUGCUCCCAAGCCAGCCGGCUGCUGUGGCCCCAAAGGGUGCUGCUGAAAAGCUGAGCGUCUAGCAGCAGGAACCAGCAGAACAGAGGCUGAAGAAUCAGAGCUGUUUUUGUUACUCAUCGCUGAACAGCAAUUAAAAAUUAAUAACGUCGGUAACGCAGCUGAGCCCUUCACGGCUUCGCAGCGCUGCGCAGGUACUGCGGAAUGAGAUGAAAUAAACCCCAGCUGUCCCCCAGGCUCCAGUCCUGGUGCAUGGCUGCAAUCAGAAGA